ACUAGUGCCUUGACCGGUUCGGUUCUGAAAAUUACUCCGUAUGAGUGUACCACUGGCAUUUUUGAUAGAGCAAUGGCAGGGGAUUCAGGAGCAACAAACUGGGUGGGCCCAGAUGGGAGGGUCUACCAUAGCCAUGAUGGACUUGCACCACAUUCACACGAACCCAUAUACUCACCUGGCUUCUUCAACAGGAGAGCACCUCCUCUGACCAACAGGAAUUUCAAUGAAAGAGCCUUCACUGUUGGGAUUGGUGGCCCUGUUGGAACUGGUAAAACAGCAUUGAUGCUCGCAUUGUGCAAAGCGUUAAGAGACAGAUACAGCCUAGCAGCAGUGACGAACGAUAUAUUCACAAAGGAAGAUGGAGAGUUCUUGAUAAAACAUGGAGCUCUUUCGGAGGAAAGGAUUCGUGCAGUUGAAACAGGAGGCUGCCCACACGCUGCUAUUAGGGAAGAUAUAAGCAUUAACCUUGGACCUCUAGAAGAGCUUUCGGGCUUGUUUAAAACUGAUAUCCUUCUGUGUGAAUCUGGUGGAGAUAAUCUAGCUGCCAACUUCAGCAGGGAGUUGGCUGACUACAUCAUCUACAUAAUUGAUGUAUCUGCAGGUGAUAAAAUCCCACGAAAAGGUGGUCCCGGAAUCACCCAAGCUGACCUCCUUGUGAUCAACAAGACUGAUCUGGCACCAGCUGUUGGAGCUGAUCUCUCUGUUAUGGAGCGCGAUGCACUUCGCAUGCGGGAUGGUGGCCCUUUUGUUUUUGCUCAGGUGAAACACGGCGUGGGAAUCGAAGAAAUCGUAAACCACAUUUUGCAAGCUUGGGAAGUAGCAACAGGGAAUAAGCCACACUGAGUUCAGAUUAAUAAGAUCCCUGCAUCUAUGAACUCUUUUUCAUUUGAUGAUUUCUGGUUUAUCCUAAUUAACAGUACUUAGAGGAGUCUCCUUCAAUGAACCAGACUUGGUAUUUUCUUAGUGUGUUUUCUCCUUCCGUUCUAGUGUAUUCGUCUAGUUUAUUUUUUUCAAGUCAAGCUGGACAAAUUUUAUUCAUCAAUUACUCUCAAUUUGUAUUGCAUAUUACUCCAUAUUACAAUGAAAUAAAAUUUUGAAAAUUUUCCAUAAGAUGAGUAUAAUUGAAUCAUUUUUAUACUAACAUGCAUUGCACGGAGUAGUUUUUAUUUAAUUGAGGUCUAAAAUUUGUCCAGUUUGACUCGAAUAAGUCAAACUAAACAAAUACACUGAGGCGGAGGUAAUAUAUUGUACUUCGUAGUAAAAUUGUGACAUUCUACUCCACACCCAUUUGGCAAUGGGAAGAGACCAGGAGUAACUCACAUUUUUAUAUACUCCCUUUGUCCUGCAAUAAUAUUUUACAUUUUUU